AUGACAACUGCACCAAGUGGUAAGAAGGAGCGCACCAGCACCUUCUGGGAGACAGAUGUGCUGCAAAAUUUUGGGGAAACUGAGUGGUACCUCAACUUCAGAAUGCCAGAGGAGGCCUUCUUAAAUCUCUGUGACCUUCUUCAUCCUUACAUACCAAAGCAAACCAUGAAGACCACAGUGAGUUUGGAAAAAAGGGUUGCUCUGACACUUUACAAGUUAGCAAGUAACACUGAAUUCCAUGAUGUUGCAAACCUCUUUGGAAUUGGGGUGAGCACUGCCUGUGAUGUGUUUUGGGAGGUUUGUAAGGGUCUCUGCCAACUGAAAAGGAAGUUUAUUGGAAUGCCAAAAAGUGAAGAAGACGUGAAGACCAUAAUCAAAGGAUUUCAAGAGAAGUCAGGGUUUCCCAUGUGUGCUGGGGCCCUGGAUGGAACACACAUUCCCAUCCUAGCACCCUCCAGCUUUCACACUGAUUACUACAACAGAAAGGGGUGGUACAGCGUGAUACUACAGGGCUUGGUUGACCACCAGUACAUGUUUCAAGAUUUUGAUGUUGGCUGGCCAGGGAAGUGCCACGACUCUUUUGUUUUUCAAAACUCAAAACUACAUGCAAAGCUGGAAAAUGGCACAUGCUUUCCACCACUCACCAAGAAAAUACAAGGUGUUGACAUUCCUGUGCUGAUUGUGGCUGACUCUGCUUAUAGCCUCUCUCGUAAUGUCAUGAAACCGUUCCCAGAAGGAGUUGCAAGAGGGCCCCAACUGCAAUUCAAUGCAUGUCUGAGUAGGGCAAGAAUUCAUGUGGAACAUGCUUUUGGUCGUCUAAAGGGCAGAUGGCGCUGCCGGUAA